AUAUUAUUAAUUAAAUUAUCCUUAAAAAUUUCAGCUUUCCUGAUGCUUUUGAAAGAGGAUUGGAUGAUGGAGGUAAAGGUACUGUCUUGUCAUUUGCCGAGCUCAUGCAGUGUGUGGGUGUCCAUAAUCUCCGACACAGCUGGGACAGUGCUUUGGACAGUUAUCCUUGGGCUGCACACUGUGUCCUUCCAGCUCCUGUGGGGAAAACAUCAGAUAAGAAUGUUCUUGAUGAAAUGCUGCUUCAUGCAUAUGGUCUGUCUGCAAGACAUCUGUUCUCAGAUCCAGACAGUUCAGAGCAUGGUAAUUUUGGGUCAUCAGCUGAACGCGAUGCGUUUGACGAUUUCAAAGAAGAAUCCGAGGGAUCGCCAUUAUCACUUAUAAUGAAAAAGAAUGUAGUUCCAUUUGUUUGCGCUCUAGAAGGACAAUCGGCUUACUUUCUUGUGGAACCGUAUUAUCAACACAGCCUUCAUAACAUGGUAACUUUCAGCCCGUCUGUGUUGUCAGGCUCACACAUCAGGCCUUUGUUUAUGAUUUACGAGCUUCUUCAUGCUCUUCAUUGGUACCACAGCCAUGGAAUUGCCCACGGUGCUUUAACCCUUCACAAGAUUAAAGUCAGUAAAGGACUGUGGAUUUAUCUUGAGUCACCUGAUUUUUUCCACACUUGCAGUUCGGACCUUUCAUUAUCUGGAGGUGAAGUCGGGUCGUGCGGUAAAGCUGCCACGAGGCCACAAUUAGGCCUAAAUGAUUCACUGGCUUCUAAAUACACUAGAGAUGAUUUGCCUAAUCUUGUGGAGUUAUGGGUGCAUGGUAAAAUUAGUAACUUUGAUUACCUGAUGGCUCUGAACUUCUUAGUUGGGCGUCGGCUCGGAGACCCAAAUUAUCAUCCAGUGUUUCCAUGGGUGACGGACUUCUCUGUCCGAGACGGAGGGUACAGAGACUUAAAGAAGUCCAAAUUCCGCCUCAACAAGGGAGACAGGCAGCUUGAUGUAACGUACAAAGCUGCGCUGUUGGACAGCCAGGAAGGCGCGCCUCCACAUCACGUGUCGGACGUACUGUCUGAUAUUACGUAUCACGUGUAUCUGGCACGAAGAACUCCUAAAUCAGUCCUUUGCGAUCACGUGAGAUCUAACUGGGUUGCCAAUGAGUAUCCAUCCAGUAUGGAGAGGUUGUACCACUGGACACCAGAUGAAUGCAUUCCACAGUUCUUUUCUGAUGCUUCUAUCUUCGAGUCGGUUCAUGACGACCUUCCUGAUUUAGAACUACCAUCAUGGACGACAGCUGCAGAGGAGUUCAUUCAAUGGCAUAGAUCUGUUCUGGAAAGCGACGCAGUGUCUGCUGGUCUCCAUCACUGGAUUGAUCUGACAUUUGGGUACAAACUUGCUGGUAAGGCAGCGGUGAAAGCCAAGAAUGUAUACCUCCAUCUCAUUGACAAACAUCAGUCCCUCAGCAAUCACGGCGUCGUGCAGCUAUUCACAGAGCCUCACCCAGAGAGAGCGCAACCUCGUUUGCCACACUCGAACACUUUGUUCCUUGGACGAGGAGACCAUGAAAUGGUAGAUGGCAAGGUCAUACGAAGCUUGGUCCGCCAUAACAGCGAGCACACGGCAGAGAAGUCUUCCGCACUGGAGGAUUCUGUCAUGUCUGUUGAAAGUGUCAGCGAGAAUGAUUUUCUUCUUGGUCAUCAGCCGAAAGAGAAACACAAUGGAGAAGACCAUAACAGCAAAGCAGCAGUAGUGCCAGGUAAAGAGGCUUUCAAUGAGGAGGAGGUGUCGAGAGGCGCACAGUUUGAGGCAGUAAUCGUCCCCACGAAUUACAACCCGCUAGAGCUGCUGGAAAGGUUUGAAGCUCUUGAAAAGUUCAAGAACCAGUUUGGCCCUAGAAGUGUAGCAGGUGGAAGCAAUGAAGAACGACAGCAGCCUGCAGAGAAGAAAAAUUUUGGUAAACUGGUUCAAGCUGACAUGAUUAGCCUCGGAUGUGCGAUAGUGGAGAUGCUUAUGCCUGGCAAAGUACAGCUAUCAACGUGUGGUCUGACAGGAAAACAGAGGGAAACAGCCAUUGUGAAACUUUGUGAAACAAACAGCAAACUUCUUCCCAGGUUUGCUCGAGCUGCUGUUCACGCUCUUUUCAAAGGCGAUUGUUCUUCCGCUGAAGGUGACACAGGUUCCCAUGAUGGAUGGCUACCUCCUCUGACAGCUGAUCUGCUGCUGCAGCCUCAUCUAGGCUUGUUCCCUUUUCCUUCAUACUUCAGCGCUUUGCACGAGUUCCUGGCAGCUUUCUACCACUCCGUGAGAAAAGCGGAUGGCAACGCUCAAAAAUCGAAACCACAGGACAGUUUGACAUUUCUGAGAAAUGAAGUUGGUUACACUGUGGAGCAAGUGGACAUAGCCGCGUCGUUUCUUCCUGAUUUGCUUCCUAUUGUAGAUGAUGAAGGCAUCAAGCUACUUCUGUACCACUUGGAGCCGUUAUUUACUUGUUUAGAGACGCGCCUCCACGCUUGUACGCAGCUGUUUGACAUGCUAGCGCAAGCUCUUGGCCCAAAGAACACAGUGAAGACAUUCUUGAAAUGCCUGCUUAGCCUGUUCGACUCUUACGCCCUGGAAAUGUACGAGGUUAUCACGAAACAGACGUUUCUGUCUCAGAUCAUAGUUCGCUUUGGACUGGACGGAUUUCUGAAACAUUUUAUCACCUUCGUUGUUGAUGCUGUGGCAUUCAAGGCCAAAAUGGAGUCAAAAGCUGGGAGGGGGGAUGGACUAUCCAUCCUCAGUGGAGAGGGAGUUACCUCAGAGAUUCCUGUUCCAGAAACGGAGUACAAUGCAAAAGAUGUUGCACUGGACAUGGACGAUCUGGAUUUGCCAGGCAGCUUCCUGAGAGAAGGAUCCGAAGAUCGAGACGUUCAAAUUGGAUUAAUGAAUAUUGAAGAUCUUGACACCCAAGGAGAAUUCGCAGUGACCCGCCAAAAUCUGGAUCAAGUUGGAGAUGACGAGAUUGUCGAGCAAGUGACGCUCUUACCCAGAGGCAUUAUAGACGAGGAAGGGGAUGGACGAUUGUUCCAGGGACACAUUUCAGAUGGUGAUGAAGAUGAUGUUCCUGUCGCUGAUGAAAUUGAUGACGGAAGGCGGUCAAGCAAGGUUGCCGGCAUGGACAACAUCCGUGAUGUAGUUACUCAACAACAAGGUGUUGGUGAUACAUCGCUUGACGGGGAAGACUGUUCUACUUCGACCACUGCUGGUGUAGGCAGUGGCGACGCCGACAAUAAUGACACUGUUGACGUUGACGACCAAGAGUUUCAGACAGGGAAUGAUCCCGCAUCAGGUUCAAUUCAGGAGAAACAAACGCCUGUAGAGUUUGAAGGCAACGAUGGCAAUGUUGUAGCAACGCACGUGCUGCCUAGCGAACAGGGAGAUCUUGAUGUGAGAAAUGGAGACGUAGAAUUGCAAGAGUUCGAUGCAUCAAGCGCGAAGGAAAACGACACCUUUGAAUCGUUAACAGAGAAGACAGGACACGACAUUGGAGUGAACAUGUUGGCAAGAAAUGUGAUACGGCAAGAAAAGCCGAAAGACGAAGAAGAAGUGAGGGGUGAAUUCAACGAGGAAGAUGGUCAGGACGAAAAUCCAGACGAGCUCACUGAAGAUGAUAAUGAGGAAAUUGAAGAAGCAGAGGGCAGUGGAGAAGACGGCCUUGAACAGAUACGCUUACCGGUCGAGGAGAAUCUGGCCUUUGAAGAAGACGGGGAAGAUUAUUCUGGCGACGAUGAUCCACAAAGCAAUGUGAUUUUAGAUCCAGAAGACGAAGAGGUUACAAAGGACCAACCGUCCGCCUAUCAAAUAAAAACAUUCUAUAAUUCCCAUAAAUCUAAAAUUAUUCAGCAGGAAAAUAAGGCCCAAAAACAACACGACGAGCUGACACCUGGAACCAUAUCAGGCAUCGCAGCGGAGAGCAUCGUGUGGCUGGCCCCUCGUCUGGGACCUGUCCUCACAUCCAAGUACAUUGCCAGUCAGUUGUUGACCAUGUUACCGCACUGCUACAUGGGAUACGUGGGGUCGAAUGACGAUGAUGAUGAUGCCAAAACGGUCAACGAUAGGAAUGCCAAGUGGUUAUUGUACUGUUUGAGUAAUUUCUGUACGCUUUAUGGAGAAGCAUUCAUGUUGAAUCAAUACCUGCCUUAUAUCAAUAAAAUGAUCAGAGGAGUACAAACCAAGGUGACACAAAGAGGAGAAGCUGCCCUUGCCGGGGUCCUGUCGCUUCUUAAGUACUGCAUUCCUUAUCUAUCUCGCGACACUCUGUCCAGCUACACUGAAUCUCAACUCAUGACUGGUGUCUUUCAGCCAGUCAUCCGUAUCCUGUCAUCCUACACCCUGACAUUCCCAGGCGGUGUAACAGCACGCCAGGCAAUCUGUCGGAGCUACAUAGAUGUUCUAACAGUAGUGUGUUUAAAACUUGAAAGGGAGCUCGCCCGAGAGAACAUGACCGCUCCUUUGCAGCAAUUUUUCUCGUGUUUUGAGCUGGAGCGCAUGAGAACGAUUACGAUGAAUCAGAUUGAAGGGAAAUCGUUGCCUGUGGAGCGCAAAGCAGCCUUUGGUGAUAGAGAGGAAUUCAAAGGAGCUACAGAGGGGAGGGAUGAGAUGGACACGUCAGGCGUGGAGGAAAACGACGGCGCUAACGAGACUCAAGAUGACUUGUACAACACACCGGUUUAUGAGGAAUUAUGCCAGACAUUCUCUGCUGCGAUAGCUCAUCACGCUUUUGUUCCCCUGUGCGGCAUCAUGGGAAGCAAAUACAUGGAGAGCUCGCUGCAUAAUCACGACCUCAUCUGGAACUUGUGCUGCAGUCAUGAUGUCCAGCUGUCUCACCCCACUUGUGAAGAUACCAGGGCAUCCGAGGACGAGGAGGAAGGAGAGGAGAAUGGUAACCACAUGGCUGGUGUUGAAGUAUCUGAAGUGGACUCUUCUCCUGCGGUUGGCUCACGUGGUUUGGAUAACACUGCUGAUGAACGAAUACAGGAAAAGAAAGGAGGCAAAGAAGGAGGAAAGAUCAGGAAAAAGCCUAAGCCACCCAUGUGGUUUAUAGGCAGAAGACUUUCCAAAGCAAAGGACGUGCCAACUAACUUGCCCUCGUCUUCCUCCUCGGACCAAUAUCUCCGUGGUAGCUGGCUUACUCACUGGGAAAACCAACUCAGUGUCAAGGGCAAGGUAGGAAACAAGUUCAGUCUUCAACAAGUCAAACUGCAGACAUUUACUGGUCACAGUGGUCCAGUCCGUUCAGUGUAUGUACAGGACAGUGAACACUGUUUCCUGUCAGCCAGCAAAGACAAAACUGUCAAGUUGUGGUCACUAAGCAACCAUGGUGAUGGCACCGCUCAGUCGGCAAGCUCGUGGACAUAUUACCGUCACACGCGACCCGUGUUCCACGUGGGUAUGGUGGAGUCCGUGCGGCAAAGCGUGUCAUGUGACGGCAGCCUUCAUUUAUGGGACGCAGUCUCUGGUAGUUGUCUCGGAGUCUUUGACCAGGCAAGGAACAACCCCAUAGCUGCUAUGGCAACACUACCAGCGCCGAGUCAAUGCGUGGUGGCAGCCAUGGCUGAAGGAACUGCCAGAUUCCUUGACGUUCGUCAGCAUAGUUUUGUUAUGGAGUGGAAAGUUACGACCAGUAGUGUACCAGGCACAGUGCGUGACGUUUGUUGUAGUCCUGAUGGACGAUGGAUCGCUUUUGGUUUCUCAACCGGCCUUGCUUCUGUGCUGGAUAUUCGGGGUGGACUGCUUCGUAGUCAGAGGCGGGCUCAUACAGGCGACAUCUUUCAGGUCAAAGCCUUUUCAAGCACGUCUUUUAUAACAUCUUCUGUUGAUUCGGGAUUGUCGUUGUGGAAAGAUGACGGGGUACGCCUGAAGGCAGUUAAAGGUCCUAGCGACCCUCUCCCCUCCCUACUGGUGUGGCGUGACCAGGUGAUCUCCGCCAGUAUCAGCGGCAGGAUUGGUGUUCACAACUUACAAGAGGAUCUAUCGGAGGAUCCUUACGUUAGUUACAAGUUGAGCAGUGACGUGUUCCGCGGUGGUAUCACGUGUCUCGGUUACCUGCCACUCAAUCGACUGCUUUUGAUUGGUAGCGACACAGGCAACAUUGUUCUCUGUUCCUAAGCAACGGUUGCCUCGGCAACAAAACCUUUUUUGUGAUAUACAGAUUUGAUUCUUUCGUACAACUGUUUCUUAAAAAGAAAGUUAAUCAGAAAUAUAGACACAUAGCAAAUGAAAUUAAUUUUCACACCAUCUGUACGCGCUAUACUUCAUGGAAAAUUUAUUAACUAAGCAAAAAUCAAACAGCAUCACAAAUUUUUACAUUGGUUUUCCACUAUCGCUAAAAUAAACUUGUAUACUCAUUCUUAAGAUAUGAAUUUGCUUUCC